AUGCCAUCUGAGAGGUGCCUGAGUGUUCAGGAAAUGCUGACAGGUCAGAGGCUUUGUCAGUCUAGCUCCCACAAUGAUGCUGUCCUGGCAGCUCUGAACCAACAAAGAAGUGAUGGCAUACUUUGUGAUAUUACCCUUAUUGCUGAAGAGCAGAAAUUCCACGCACAUAAAGCAGUCCUGGCAGCCUGCAGUGACUACUUCCGAGCAAUGUUCAGUCUCUGCAUGGUUGAGAGUGAAGCUGAUGAGGUGAAUUUACAUGGUGUCACAAGCCUUGGUUUAAAACAGGCCCUGGACUUUGCAUAUACUGGACAGAUCCUCUUGGAACCAGGGGUGAUACAGGAUGUCCUAGCAGCUGGGAGUCAUUUGCAGCUGCUGGAGCUUCUCAGUUUAUGUUCUCACUAUCUCAUUGAGGAAUUAAAUAGUUUUAAUUACUUGGACCUGUACAAGCUUGCGGAUCUUUUCAACCUCACUUUGUUGGAGAAUGCAGUCAUUGGCUUCUUAGUAAAACAUCUCUCUGAGCUAUUGAAGAGUCAUCCUGAAGAAGUUCUGGCACUCCCAUACUGUCUUCUUCGAGAGGUUUUUAAAAGCGAUAGACUCACUUCACUCAGUGAAGAACAAAUCUGGCAGCUGGCUGUGAGGUGGUUGGAACACAACUGCCGCUACCAGUAUCUGGAUGAACUUCUCCAGUACGUCCGCUUUGGCCUUAUGGAUGUGGAUACACUGCAUACUGUAGCUCUUACUCAUCCUCUUGUCCAAGCCAGUGAAACUGCGACAGCGCUCAUUAAUGAGGCCUUGGCUUACCACCAGAGCGUCUAUGCACAGCCGGUUUGGCAAACUGCAAGGACAAAGCCUCGCUUCCAGUCAGACACUCUUUAUAUUAUUGGUGGGAAAAAACGAGAAGUCUGUAAAGUGAAGGAAUUGCGAUACUUCAAUCCAGUAGACCAAGAGAACGUUCAUAUCGCGGGGAUCGCUAACUGGAGUGAGCUGGCGCCUAUGCCUGUGGGGAGGAGCCACCACUGCGUUGCUGUCAUGGGAGACUUUCUUUUUGUAGCUGGUGGAGAGGUAGAGCACUCCACAGGGCGCACGUGUGCCGUGAGGACUGUCUGUCGAUAUGAUCCCCGCACUAACUCCUGGGCGGAGAUAGCUCCAAUGAAGAACUGCCGGGAACACUUUGUGCUGGGAGCCGUGGACGAGUACCUCUAUGCCGUAGGGGGCAGAAACGAAUUGCGUCAAGUGUUGCCCACAGUUGAACGCUACUGCCCCAAGAAGAACAAGUGGACCUUUGUACAGUCCUUUGAUCGGUCGCUCUCAUGCCAUGCGGGAUAUGUGGUGGAUGGUCUUCUUUGGAUAUCAGGAGGAGUAACAAAUACUGCACAAUAUCAAAAUAGACUCAUGGUCUAUGAUCCUAAGCAGAAUAAGUGGUUAAGCCGUAGCCCGAUGCUGCAGAGGAGAGUGUAUCACUCCAUGGCCGCUGUCCAAAGGAAGCUGUACGUGUUAGGUGGGAACGACCUCGACUACAACAACGAUCGGAUCCUGGUCCGGCACAUAGACUCCUACAGCAUAGAUGCCGACCAGUGGACUCGUUGCAGCUUCAACAUGCUGACAGGUCAAAAUGAGUCUGGAGUUGCUGUCCACAAUGGUAGAAUAUAUUUAGUUGGUGGCUAUUCAAUUUGGACAAAUGAGCCUUUGGCAUGUAUCCAGGUGCUGGAUGUUAGCAAGGAGGGGAAGGAAGAGGUAUUCUAUGGGCCUACACUCCCCUUCGCUUCCAAUGGAAUAGCAGCCUGCUUUCUUCCAGCUCCUUAUUUCACAUGCCCCAACCUUCAGACUCUGCAAGUGCCUCACCACAGGAUCGGCACAAUGUGACGCAUUCCUUGCGCUUCACAGAAUCGAAAGUGGAGGGGGAAAACGUCAAACCCUGUGUACAGAAGGGUUUCUCUGGGUCAGUGAGAAGAAUCAAUCCACUUGGGCUGCUGCUUUACCAUCACACAUUUGUCUUAAAGUCGGAUCACAGCAGGCAGGCAGGAAGUUACAAAGCCUGUGUGUGGUUUCUCUCCUCGGCCUCAGACGUGGAAGCAGAUACGUGAGAGCGUUGUGCAUUUCUGCUGGUGACUACUAGCUAUGUGUCUUCUUCAUUUCCUUAUGCAACUUCGUCAGGCAUUGUGGAUGCUCUCAGUUCUUCCUGGGCUGCUGCUCUUUGGAUUCUGCACAGUCAGUUGUUCACCAGUGGCGCUUUCAAAGACAAUAAAAAAGCUCUGUUUAUGUUGACAAAGAUGAUACAAUACUGUGCUAAUUAUGCAACUUACUCAAUACCUUUGGCAAAAAGAAUAACAAAUGUGUUGACUUCCAAUUCUGAACUCCAUCGUUUACAGUUUCUCAUUUAAUAAUACUUCAUUUGAAAUUUAAAUACUUCAAAACAGAUUAAAACAAAAAUAAGAAACAAACAAGCCCUAUAGGAUAUGAGGAACAGAUAAAAAUUGUCUCAGCUGAAAGGCAAAGAAAAUGAAGCCUCAUGGUUAAAUUCAAGUCUGAACUGAAUGUGUUUGUCUGAGAAUCUAAAGAUUGUUUGGGAUGUCAUUUACCAAGGUCUACUACCAAAUAAAUGUUACCUUCUGUCAUAUGAUCAAUUCUUCCCGACAGCUGCAGUCUUUUAAUGCUGGAGAUCAGCCUCUUUACUGUAUAAUUAAAAUGUGCCAUUUACUUAAUAUUUUUAAUAUCCAGUUUGC